UUCUUAGCUAAUUUCGAAGACGAAGAGGAUUUAUACUAUAAAUUUACAAGGAAAGCUACCCUUCUUAGUUAUAAUAAAAAUUUCGUACCUUUUAAAAUAUAUAGUAAGAAGCGGGCUAAGAAGGUUCGUAGAGGGAGUAAUUUAUUAAUUAAAUUUAUAUUAAGUAACAAGGGUAUUAAUAUCCUUAGCGAACUCCCUAUUAUAUACCUUUAUUUAAUAGGCGUAAAAGUACGAGUAUAA